AUGCAACUAAAGUUUGUCCUCCUGGGCCUCGCCACCGCGGCAAUGGCCCUGCCGUCCGCUCGCCUGCACACACGGCAGGAAAACGCCGUGCCAGACGCCUCCAUCGGCACGGCUGCGGACACGACUGACAACCGCGACAUGCGCCGGGAUAACCACGCAACCUCCUCUCCCGUCGACAUCACUGACAACCGUGACAUGCGUCGGGACAAUCACGCAACUUCCUCUCCUGUCGACACCAGCGACAACCGUGACUGGCGCCGGGACAACCACGCUCCUGUCGACGACAACGGGAUCGGCACCUCGGACCGUGACGCUUAA